UUGAUUUGGUCGCGGAAAACAGCGCAAUAUUUAAAUACAAACAUGUAAAGCAAAUUGCGAGCAUUGACACAAAAAUAUAAAGAAUCAGUGGGUCACAUAACGUCAUAUCAUUAAUCAAAAAUAAAAACAAAAGAAAAAAAUAUUUCAAACUUUGGGAAAAUUCCCAAAAUUAUAGGGAUUUCAAAAAUAAGCCCCCCUGAUAACACACAAAUUGAUAGAUUGUUUUUGCAAAAUUAUAUCACGAGGAUUUGCCAAACAUUGGACGAAUAGCAAAAAAUCGCACCAAACAAUGCUGCCAGCCAUCGACAUUGAAGAAGUUUCUACCAAUUCUAGAUUGGUUACCCAAAUAUAAUUUCAGCUUUUUAAUAGCUGAUUUGGUAGCUGGUCUGACAGUGGGUCUUACCGCCAUACCCCAGGCCAUUGCAUAUGGCUCGGUGGCUGGUUUGCCAACACAAUAUGGUUUAUAUUCAGCAUUUAUGGGAUGUUUUGUUUAUAUUGUAUUGGGCACCUGUAAGGACAUUACAGUGGGUCCCACUGCCAUCAUGGCUUUGAUGGUACAAACCCAUGUCACUGGCAGUGCCGACUAUGCUGUAUUGUUAUGUUUUCUUUCGGGAUGUGUCAUCUUAAUAUUGGGCUUCUUAAAUCUGGGCGUAUUGGUGAGAUUUAUUUCGGUACCUGUGACGACAGCAUUCACCACGGCAGCUGCCAUCACCAUUGGCAGUGGCCAAAUAAAUAAUUUAUUUGGCAUUAAAAGUCCAUCAAAUGAAUUCUUGGAAUCAUGGGAAAAUUUCUUUACCCACAUUAAGGAAGCAAGACUAAAUGAUUCACUUUUGGGAGUUAUAACCCUAGUUGUGUUGCUGUUGUUGAGGAAAGUCAAAGACUUGCCAUGCGGCUAUAAAGUGUUGACAAAAUACAUUUCCCUAUCACGUAAUGCGCUGGCUGUUAUCAUUGGUAUUGUUUUAUGUUAUUGCCUUAAAGACGGAGACAAACUACCAUUCAGGGCUAGCGGUGAAAUUACGAAAGGCAUACCAGACUUCAAGUUACCACCAUUCAGCACACCUGGUGAAAAUGGUACAACAUUGGGUUUUGGUGACAUGGUUUCAAAUCUGGGCGCAUCUUUGGCUUCGAUACCACUUAUCUCGAUUUUGGAGAGUAUUGCCAUUGCCAAAGCUUUUUCCAAGGGAAAAAUUGUCGAUGCUUCACAGGAAAUGAUAGCUUUGGGUUGCUGCAAUAUUUUGAGCAGUUUCUUUUCAUCGAUGCCCAUUACGGGUUCCUUUACUCGUACCUCGAUCAAUCAUUCAAGUGGCGUUCAAACUACAAUGGGUGGUGCUGCCACCGGUGUUUUGGUUCUCAUGGCUUUGGCAUUUUUGACCACCACAUUUUCGUAUAUUCCCAAGGCCACAUUGGCUGCCAUUAUUAUAUCGGCCAUGAUAUUUAUGGUUGAAUAUGAACGCAUCUAUGAAAUCUGGAAAUCUAAAAAAAUCGAUAUUAUUCCCUUAGCCGUCACCGCCUGUGUGUGUUUGUUCUGGAGUCUGGAAUAUGGCAUGGUCUGUGGUAUUGCCGUCAAUGCCAUAUUUAUUCUCUACAAAAGUGCAAGACCCAAAAUUCAAAUCCAUUUGGAAAAAAUUAACUCCACUCCCGUUGCCAUUGUGGAAGUCCAAGAAAAUCUUUGCUAUUCUUCAGCAGAAUAUUUGAAAUCCAAAUUGAUUAAAUUUGUGGCAAUACAGGGUGAUGGUAUUGUUAAACUUGUUGUAAUUAAAGGAGAAGAAAUUACCAACAUAGAUUCUACUGUGGCCAUGAACAUCAUCUCCCUCAAAGAGGAUCUCUCAAUGUUGAAUUGCGAUUUGAUUUGUUGGAAUUGGAAUUAUGAGGCAGCUGGUGUUGUUUGCCGUCUGCACAAAAAAGAAAGAUCAAUGUUUAAAUUUGGCAAAUCAUUGGAAGAUGUUGUCACAGAUAUGGCAGAAAGUACAACCUUACAAUUAGAUACUGUUAAUGAGGACUAGUACUCUUAAGAACUGUUUAAAAAAUUUCUAAAAUCUUGUUUUUGCACAUAUUCAGACCGAUUUUAAAUAUUUCUUGGGAUAACAUUUCCGAAAUUUUGUAUAUUAAAUACUCUCCAUAUUUAAUGUUUUCGAAAAAUUCCUUUCAAUUACAACUUCUGUCGUCCAAAGGCAGGAGUGGCACCUACAGGGGAAAUUUUCUUUAUAUUUGAGCAUAUUGUUUUGUAUAUAUGUAAGAUCCAUAAUUUUAAGAUGUUCCGUUUAUUGUUAUUGUUACGAAAAAAGACUGUUGAAACAAUAAGUUAUUGUUAUGAAAUAAAACGAUUUUAAAUGAUA